CUGCUCAGCCAUGGAGAAAUACGAGGUAUUGUACAGGAUGCGUCCUGGGGCUCUUGGGACGAUGUCGUUAGUGGAAUCAAAAACAGAGGAAGAAGAAAGUGGUGCUGGAAAGAAGUAUGUUGUGAAACAGGUUGAAUGCAUUGAUGAAAACCAAGCAAACAACGCCCUCAGAGAGGCAAUGGUCUUGCUGAAAGUGAAGCAUCGAAACAUCUGUGCCUACAAAGAAUUGUUUAUCAUCUGGGACAACUGUAUUUCAUCCCUCUUCCUUUGUCUGGUGAUGCAUCACUCAGAUCAAGGGGAUCUUUCAGGUCUGAUCAAGGCCAAAAGGCAGAAGUGUGAACAAAUUCAAGACUGGGUGAUCCAGAUAUUCCUGGGGCAGAUGGUGGAUGUUUUGGUUUACCUCCAUAAGCAAAACAUUUUCCAUAGAAACCUCAAACCAUCCAACAUCCUUCUAGAUGGCGAGGCCUCCUUCAUGCUUUGUGAUUUUAGCUCUGAAACCCUCAUGACUGAUGAGAUGAAAUGGAAGAUCAGAGUGGAAGAAGCUCCUGACCAGAAGUCCUGGAUGGCUCCAGAAGCACUCAAGUUUUCCUUCAGUGACAAAUCUGACAUUUGGUCUGUUGGCUGCAUUCUGCUUGAUAUGCUGAACUGCUCCUAUUUGCACGAAGAGGAGGCGAUUUCAUUAUUGGGUAGAAUUAAAGAAAGUAGUCAUAGUCUUGAAAAUGCCCUGAUGUGUAUGAGGCAGGAGGAUACAGCCAUCUCUGCCAUUUUGCUUCUGAUGUUGCAGAUCCAGCCAGCAAUGAGGCCCACCGCACAUGAGCUAGUAAUGGAUCAAUUUGUUAAAGAAUGUUUGAUUCUGGCUGGAUCUCCCCUAAUCAAAGUGAAGAAGCCUCUUUCUCCGGAAAUAAUGGAGGUAAUCUGUAAAAGUGGAAUCCGUACUGUUCUAGAAUUUAUGCUUACUUACUCAGACAUAGAGGAAGCUCAAGAAAAGGCAAUUGAGCGUCUUCAUACCCUCGUGAAAGACGCCAAGGUCAACCUAAAAAGAGGCCUUGAAAUUAUCAGUUCCGUGACGUGUGCAGCAAAGAAUCACAUUGAUUCUCUCAAGAUCCAGUUAGCCGCCUGCUCUGUGCUGCUUGACAUCGUCGGCAGAGCCGUCAGAUGUUGGCUUGCUCGGGGCCAAUUCGUGGCUUUUGCACAGUGA